CCAUAGAGAGUGUUUUGCAACCGAACCGGCGAUUUGCUGCAUUUUCCAACAACGAUCCUGGCAUGGGUCAACAAACACCAAGAGCAGAUCGAGCUGUUGCUACACAGGACGCAACGGGAGAUCAUCAAUCAGGGGCAAGAAGAAAGAUCUUUGAGCCAGCCGAUGCCGAUUCCGAUUCCGAGUUGACCAAGUCCAUUCUCAUCCAGAAGAACCAAAAGCUGGAGGAAGAGGUGCUGUGCCCGGUCUGUAUUGAUCGAAAGAGGGAGUUUGUCUUUAUGUGCGGACAUUCGCUGUGUGAAACUUGCACUGAUUCCCUCAACGAUUGUCCUUACUGUAGACAACCCAUUCUCAAGAAAAUUAAGAUGUAUUAACAAAAGAGGGAGUUUGUCUUCAUGUGCGGACAUUCGCUCUGUGAAGAUUGCACCUGUUGCAUCGAGGAUUGUCCUAUGUGUAGACAACCCAUCCUCCAGAAAAUUAAGAUGUAUUAACGGAUGUAGGAUAUAUGCUCAGGUUACUUUUGCUCCUACUCUAACCGAAUUCCUAAAUUCAACCCCGGACCAAACGCUAUACCUAACCUUGAUCCUAACCCUAACCCUAAACAUGACGUGAAUCCCAAUUGUAGCCCUAACCAUAACACUAUGUCUUUGAUGAAUUAAAGACAAGAGAGAUUGUCGAUGGAGAAAAUCUUGGAGCACCUGUGAUUGGUCAUCGUUGUCUGCACAAGUGUAUUUGAAGGAGGGGGCAAUGCUGGGGGAAAUUUCUCUCCUCUCCCCCAUCCCUGAAGAAUUGUCGACCAUAAAGAAAGAUUAUACAUGCAACUCACUUUGUAAUUGCCAUGAAGAAAUCAGUACAAGGCGAAUUAUAUUCAAAUUGCUCUGAAAGCGUGAUUAAGUUGUGGAUGAUUUUUGAGAAAAGAAAUGUUCUUGCUCAGUCGCAAUGUGGACUUUCAAAACUGCGUAAAGCAGAGAGCCAAACGUAGGCCUAUUCCUUGUCUGUAAAGACGCCAUUUGAUGAUAGUACUAAGGUUUACUGAUUAUAUAGGCACUUUUAUGGUGAUGAUAAUCUAGAAUUUGAGUUUGAGUAGUUUUCAACUCCACUGGUUAUUUAGUUCUAUUCUCAAACCUGUUUUAACGACCACCUGU